AUGUUUAAUCCAACUGCUUUGUCGGUCCUUUUGACUUUGAAUAUCCUCUCUGCAGCUGCUGGUGGCCAGAAGCAAGCCAGCAUAACUGACUUUUGGGCGGGAGCGGAUCUGUUGUCGUUCGUUUCGAGGCCCGACAUACGGGCACCAAGAUGGAACGUCACUAAACAUCAUCCCGACUUGAUCACCCCUGGAUACUGGUUUGUCGCACCAUAUACAACUUGGGCGACGGUCCCUGACCGACUCGAAUUCUCGCCGGCGCAGGUCGGGCCGCAUAUCUAUGAUGGAGAUGGAAAUCUGAUCUGGAGCGGCGCGGCGCUGGCCCAUAACCGUAACGCAUUCGACUUUCGGACCUUCAAAGCCAAUGGCUCCACGCACCUCUCCUACGUUCUGCACUACAGCAGGAGAGAAGGUGACGAGGAACAACACGGACAAGGCGUCUACCUUGACUCGUCAUAUCGACAAAUAGGCAGAGUCACCCACAAUAUUGGCAUCGAAUUCAAUUUCCAUGAGUUCGACAUACGCGACGACGGGAAAUCUGCGCUGCUCAUUGCCACCGACCGGACUGUGAGGCAGGAACCCACCACGGGUAAAUCUGGCUGGGUUGCGCACGAUUGCAUUAAGGAACUCGAUCUCACAACGGGCGAAGACAAAUUCUGGUGGUGUCCUCUGGACAACGGUGUCCAGCUGAACGAGACCUACGACAAUAUCCCAGACAUGGAAGGUGUCACUGAGGGCGGACCAUGGGAUUUUCUCCAUGGCAACUCGAUCGACAAGUUCGAGGACGGCGAUUAUUUGUACUCUGCUCGACAUGUCAACACGAUAUAUCGAGUCAACCACACAGACAAAUCAAUCGUGUGGCGGCUGGGGGGGAAACUGUCGGAUUUUGAAAUGGAUUUCAACUUUUCAUCUCAGCAUCAUGCAUCGGUCCAGUCAGAUGGUGGCUCAAUAGUGAGGUUGACCUUUCUCGACAACGCCGCGGACGAUCAGGGGAGACAACCAACGACUUCAACGACUUCUUCGGCGAAACUAGUAGAGUUGGACACUGAUACCAUGACUGCAACGCUGGUAGACGCGUGGUAUCGCCCUGAUGGGAAACUCAGUGACAAGCGCGGUAAUGUCAACACGAUGCCGAACGGCAACAUUUUUGUAGCGUGGAGCGAGAACGGCUACAUGACUGAACACACUGCCACAGAGGACAAGAAGCUGGUCCUCGAGGCCAAGUUUACCUCUCAUCGGUUCUCGACUUACCGAGCGUUCAAGGCGAACUUUAGCGGCAACCCGAUCGAGCGACCUGUGGUGAAAGCAUUCGCGACACAGUCGGGAAGGGAUGCUUCGUACUCGAUGACAACGUUCUAUGUUAGCUGGAACGGCGCAACCGAAGUCAAGAGGUGGGAGUUUUUCGGCUCCCAAGGUGAUAAUGUCGGAGAGUUUCAAUAUCUCGGGACGACGAACAGGACCGGAUUCGAGACCACGUUCUCCGAAAAGGGACUGUGGCUGAACGUCUAUGCCAAGGCCAUAGCUGAAGAUGGCAAGUCUCUUCGCACGAGCAAUAUCGAGCGAUGCUCCGCCUGGCCUGGGUCGCCGCCACUUAAGACGAAUGUACAGAUUGGAGGAAUGGCGCAUGGUUCGAGUGCUUCGAAUACGUCGGGGAAUUCAACGAGCCCCACGACGUCUGCAGCUGAAACGGCAAAGACAUGGACAGAUCAAGCCAAACAGAACCCCUUGGCGUUGUGGGUGUUUGUGCUCAUGCUGGUGCUGCAAGUCGUCGUUGUCGUGGCCUUGUCUCGCUGCUACCGCCGCAUCCACCGGGCUACGUGGAAGGAAGACCAGGUGGAAUUGCUGUCCAAGGGAGACUUUACGGAUUGA